UCGCCUUCAAACACACACAGCAUUUUCCUACAUUUUUACAUCUCAAAUACCUUCCACAGCAAGAAGGAUGCAUUACCAGGGUGGAUAUUCCAUGGGGAGGAGCGUGGGGGACCCGUUGGAGAGGGUGGCGAAGCUGGCGUCGGAGAGCGCAGUGGUGAUUUUCAGUAUUAGUAGCUGUUGCAUGUGCCAUGCGGUGAAGAGGCUGUUCUGUGGGAUGGGAGUGAGCCCCACAGUGUACGAGCUGGACCAGCAUCCCGUCGGAAAGGAGAUUGAGAGGGCGUUGAUGAGGCUGAUGGGAAGUUCGCAGGCUGUUCCGGUGGUGUUCAUCGGUGGGAAGCUUAUUGGCUCCAUGGACCGUGUCAUGGGGUCCCAUAUUAACGGCACCCUGGUGCCUCUUCUCAAGGAGGCCGGAGCUCUUUGGCUGUGACUCCGACGAUGAAGAAUUAAUGAGAUGGUCUGGUUGUCUUCGUGAUCUUUAAUUUCUCAUCUUUCCAUUUUUAUUACAUGAUUUUUGUAGUUUUAGUAGUUUUACUGGUGUUCAGUUUCUUUCUUGGAAGAAAAAAUCGAGAAGUUG